UCUGUGUUCUUGUAUGAUAUUAAUAUAAUAUUAAACCUUUAUUAUACUGUAUAAAACUGUAUAAAUGUUAUUUACAUACUCACAAACAUAGGAGUUGUUCUGGAUGGUCAAUGUGUGUAUAUGUGUGUGUUGAGUCUGUCUAUCUGCUGUGGUUACACACAUGUGGAAGUGUUCAGAUAUUUUACUGAAGUAUUUAUACAGCAAUGGAAAUAUACAGCAGCACUAUGACAAGAAUAAUACAAUAAAAUAUGUAUUGUUAUGGAAAGGGGAUGAGAGGUAGCUUGUGUACAAAUGUGCACAUUAUUUGGAGGGUUGUGCAGAACUGGCAAUACUUCAAUGAAAUAAAUAAGUGCAUAGUGUGCUUAAAGGGUUAAGUACCUACAACUCAAGUCAAGUACAGUACUAAAAGUACCUCUUCAAACUGUUGAAUAGAUAACCUAUACAAUAAUACAAAAAUCAAUAAACACUAAUUACCAUUUAAAAGAGAGUGUUGCUAAUACAACUGUUAAAUACAUAAUUGAAAUAUAAACCUAUAAUACAAAGACUAAAAGAGUCACUUAAAGGAAGUGUUGCAAAUAAAAAACUAAGCUAAAGAGAUGUGUCUUCAGCUGUUGUGUAAAAAUGCACCUCUUCACUCUGGGUCUUUACGUGACCUGGCAGAGGGUUUAAUAGCGUCUGCGUGCUGCUGAGGUUUCUAUACUUCCCGUAUCAGCUCUCACCAGUUCCUCCAUGCAGACAUGGUAUUUGAAUAACUUCUCAGCACACAUUGUAUUUGUGUUCCCCUCUGUGAUCCAGAAACAUGAGCGACCAGGUGAGUCCGUCCUUCAACCAGAGCUCAGGGAACGAGUCGACUGCCUGCGACCAGGUGGACACGUCGGCACGCCUCUUCUUCCUGCUGGGACACAGCCUGGUGUUCCUGGUGGGGUUGCUCCUGAACGGCUUCACACUGAAGGUGUAUUUCUGCCGCGCGCAGCAGCAGCAGUCCAGCAGCGUCACCGUCUACCUGAAGAACCUGGUGGCUGCAGACUUCCUGAUCAGCCUCUGCCUGCCGCUCCGGAUCCUGAACUACUCCAGGACCUCGGUCCACAUCCACCUCGUCUACUGCAACUUCGGGGCGUCCGCCUUCUACCUCAACAUGUACGCCAGCAUCUUGUUCAUGGGCUACAUCGCAGCCAACAGGUAUCUGAAGAUCGUCCACCCGUUAGGAACCCACAUCUUUCAGACGGUGCGAGCCGCCCACAUCAUCUCCACGCUCACCUGGCUCUUCCUCCUGGCCCCGGUGAUCACCUACGCCACCCUCUCUCUCCUCAGCCAGAAACCCUCAUCCCCCGUCCCUCUGAGCCUGGGCUGCGACGCCCUGCACAGCCAACUGCUCAGCACCGUCUACAAGGUCAUCCACUCCUGCUCCGUGUUGGUCUUCCUGCUCGUCCUCGUCUCGCUGAUCUUCUUCUACCACAGCACCUCCCGCCGUUUGUCUCUGGCGCAGAAGAGACAGCCGGCGUCCUCAAGCUCCAAGAAGCUGGCUAAGUCUCGCAGAAACAUGCUGGUUCUGGUGAGCGUGUUCUUCGUCUGCUUCGUCCCGUACCACCUCGUGCGUCUUCCCUACGCCUUCCUGAGGAAGCGCUGCUCCUGGAGCCAGACCUUCUUCUACCUGAAGGAGGUGACCGUCCUGCUGUCGGUGCUCAACGUCUGCUUGGAUCCGCUCAUCUACUUCAUCUUCUGCAAGGCCUUCAGGGCGCAGCUGAACCUGAAGAGGGCGUUCAGACUCACACAGGCCACCGAGAGGAGGAGCAGCGACGGGAGGAUGAGCAUCAGAUUCAACAGGACGACGUCGCUCACAACCACCACCAGGCAGAAUAGCUUGCUGUAGCUUACACACACUAACACUCAGUGGUGGUUCUAGAUCGAUUUCACUGGUGGGGGUCAUGUUUAUUUAAUGAGAUGGGCACGCUCAAUGCGGGACAAAAGAGACAAAGGCAGUGUUAUUGUCACGAACUUGAAACUCAAGGUAGCACUCAAAUGCACGACUCCAGGAGACAGAGUUCAAGUCAAGACAAUGUUGAAAAUGAUUAGUUUUUGUAUAAAGUCAUAGCGUAUAGCAUCUUAAAAUACCAUCAUUGGUGUUUUUACCAGGAACAGUUUCAAACAUUUAUUAAAUUACGUUAUGAAAAGCAAAAAGCGUUCUUGUUAACCUCAGCUAGCUACAGCACAACGCUACCUAAGACUGUAUUAUCAUUAUAGAUGCUUCUUUUGAAAGGGUGCCACAGGGGGGUCAAAGCUCAUUGUUACGGAAACACUGGCCACCGUUUCCCCCCCCCAUAGAACCGCCUAUGCUAAAACUAAAAAACAAUCACAUUACAACUGCAAAAUAUGUGCAGAGUCGGUAUAUCGUCACAUCGUCACAUCGUCAUAUCGUCAUAUCGCGGUCGAAGCGACUUGUCAACGUGGCAUUUUUGUAGAAAAGAUGUCGGACUUUAGGCUUUAAUCCGUCUUGUGGUCGGAUGUUUCAUGUGUUCGUAAGUAAGUGUUUCGUGCACUCCUGUUGUCAUAUUUAGUGGCAGCUGAUUUUGUUAUAGAAAGGUCCAUCCAUUCAUCUUGUAGGAGUUCAAGUUAUAGAAAGUUAUUUGUUCAAGAAAGUCAGGUAAUGGUAUAUCAGUAAACUAAGCAUGAACAUACCGAAGCAUUUCACAGCUAAGCUUUUCUCAGGACAGGAAAACAGACACAUUAAAAAAAGUACUUGUCUACUCCAAUUAGAUGUUGCAUGGAGUGUUAUGAAGAAGACAUAUUUCUGCAGACCAAAGGACUUUUCAGUUCUCUCAAUCGCACAUAGAAUCUUUUAUUUUUACCGGCCUCUAUGUAUGGUUUAUAAGAUAUGCAAAAGGGAAGAAGAACUGUGAGUUAAAUAUAUCAGAGCAGAGCCUGUAUCACUAUUUAAAACCACUAUACAUACCCUGCCUGUACAUUGACAGCAUGUUUUUAUCAUAUUCAGAGGGUAUACUGUCAUUAUUGAACCUGGCCCUCCACUUGUUAUCGUAUCUUUGCACCUUCUUUGUUCUGCGGUCAGAAAAACUGCACAUUUAUCAGUCUGAUCUGCAUUUGUUUGCAACGUGCAGUGUGCCAAUGUGCUCUGUUUCACAAAAAUGAGAUUGUAUCUGCUGAGGAAAAGGGCUUGCACAAUGAUUCCUUUGUAAAGAGACAGAGCGGCUGUUCAAUGUGUUCGUUCACAGAAAAACUUCUGAGGACGAUACAGGUCGAAAAUAAACAUAUUAUUAAAACCAGAUCCAUGGUUUGAGACCUGCUAGUCAAUAAUCUCAGAGUUGCAUUAACAAGAUAUCUUUAAGACGUGGUUUACGGGACGUGUUGAUAUUACGACAGGUUAGUCACUCAGGUUUUUACCGUGAAAACCGUCUUCUUGUUUAUCUUCCUCAGAGAUCUGAACAGUGCCGAGGCGUCUGAGCGGCAGUCUGCUCACAAGCCUGAAGUUUCCUAUAAAUAUGUAAAGAAGAAGUUAUAUCUGUAUUGUUUGACCUUUUAUAUUUCAAUAAAAGAUAUCAUGUUACAAUGUUUUUGUUUAGAGCAAGAUGAUGAGUUAUUAACCGGGAUAGAAAGGAAGUUUAUUUAUGUUAUAGUGUUCUAUAAAAAGAUGGCUUUUCACUUUACCAUCUAUUGUGGUUAUUUGUUGUAUUUGUUUGUAUUUGCACUUAUUAAAAAACAUGUUGGUA